AUGGAGAUGAUGGAGGGGGGGGGGGUGGAGAUGGAGAGGGGGAUUAGAAACAAGGAGAAGGAAAGAAAGAAAGAAAAAGAAGAAGGAGAAUGGACCAAGAGAAGAGGAGGAAAAGAAUCGAGGAGACGAGCGUUCGGUAGACUUGACACGAGUCUGGAUAUUGGAAAUACUCACGUGUCUGACCUGGCAUUAGUCGAGUCUGGCAGUAAACGAUUUUGUAGCGUUAUUGUCACGCAGAUGCAGACACCUGAGCACAACGACGACAUGGCCAAGCUUCGUGAACAGCUUCGGCACCUGGAGCAAGAAAACGACGACCUUCAAUCGUGCGUGCGCAGGUUAAAAGCGACGGAGGAAGAUUUGAGCCAUAAAAUUGAACGAGCCGAAGAAGAAGCCGUUUUCGCGCAGCAGGAGCUCGAGAUUUGUCAGGAGAAUCAUGAACAGAGCGACUCUCGAUCAGCGGAACAAAUCCACGAUUUGACAGCAAAGUUACAGGAGUACCAGAAUGUAGUGAGUCGCUUGCUGAGUGUUGUGGUAAUUCCAAACGAGACUCAAGCGACUGGAAAAUCCUUAGAUGUUGAAGAAAAUGAACUCGAGCUCGGACCUUGUAACGAGAAUACUGAUGACACCGGCAAAGCAAAUGCUAGAAAAGUCGACAAAAACAAUGGACACGCAGCUCGAUUUGUGAGCGACCAAAAGUGGAUCGAUAUGGUGGAGAGUUUGCGAACGGAGAUACAAACCAAAACCGAGCAGCUGCAGACUGUCGAAGACAACUAUGAAGAGUUCAUGGUAGCCAGUUACGAGGUGGAAAAGGCACUGGCGAGCGAAAAUACGGACUUGAAGCAUUUCAUUGCAGAGUUGCAAACAGAGAACGCGCAUUUGCAACAUCUUCUCCAGACUGAGCGAGACAGCUAA